AUGCCCCAGGGCAACCAGCUGGUCUACAAGUGGGCCAAGGCUGGCGCUAAGCUGCGGGAGGCCCCAUCCGAGCAAGAGAUUGUUGCGGAAGCCUGCGAGCGCGGGGCCGAAGACGAAUCCCCGUGGCUUGACAUGCUUCACGAUUGGCUGCACGCUGCCGGCUUCCAAGAUUCACAUGGAGUCGGAGGCGCGGCCGAUCAGCGAAUUGACCUUGACUUUGACGCUUCUCAGCUCGAGGCCGAGGGGGCGGAGUCGCGGGAGAAACACUGCGAACGCAGGGGGGGCGUUCCGCCUGAGAUGCGCUCUGCAGGAGCGGCGCCUGCAGCUUCCACGGUGGGCGACUCGCCCGUCGGGGCCGAUGACCGCCUCCAGCCGUGGCCCUUCCAGGGGCGCGAGGUUGUGCGUGCGUCUGCGCGCGGGCUCGCCCUCGGACCGCCAGGCUUAUUUUGCACGGGGUGCGGUGCCAAUGUGCAGAAGUCACAUGCCUGGGCCAGGCCGUUUGCAAAGGUGACGCCCACCCUUUGUCUUGCCACCCACUCCGAGGAGCAGGCUUCGAAGAGGCAUGCAUCCCGAUUCGACGCGUUCCCCACCCCCCAAGCUUGA